CAAAACAUAAAUACGUAUUCUGCUAGAGAUUUAAUCAUGACUUGUUUUCUAGGUCUCAAAACCAUCAUCAACGCAUUGCUCCAUUCGUUCAAACAGUUGGCGGAGGUCAUGACCCUAACCAUCUUUUGCCUGAUGGUUUUCGCCUUGUUUGCUCUCCAAGUUUACAAAGGGGAGCUUCGCAACAAGUGUGUACUUAAGAUGGAUAAUCACAACGCAUCCUAUGCAGUUUGGUUCAACUGGACUAAUGACCCUAGCAACUGGUUGCUACGACCGGGAACGGAUGAUCCACUGCUGUGCGGAAACGUGACCGGAAGCAGGCACUGUCCGACUACCCAUACCUGCCUUUGCGUCGGUGAAAAUCCGAACCAUGGUUACACCAGUUUCGAUAACUUCCUGUGGUCUAUGCUGACCACCUUUCAGCUCAUAACGCUCGACUACUGGGAGAACGUUUACAAUAUGGUGCUCUCGGCAUGUGGACCCAUCAGCGUGAGCUUUUUCACUGUUGUAGUAUUUUUUGGUUCGUUUUAUCUUAUAAACCUAAUGUUGGCUGUGGUAGCACUUAGUUACGAAGAGGAGGCUGAGAUAACUCAAGAGGAACGAAAAAAAGAGUUAGUCGACCAUCGGGAGGACUCAACGUUUAGUUUUGAUCCUUCCAGCCUCAACGUGAAAAAACUUCAAAAACAUAAGAUAAAGAAAAUUGAUGCCCGCAAAGGCGUUCUGCUGUCUUCGUAUACAAGAAAGCGGACGCGGAGAAGAAAAAGAAACAGGAGUACCACUAACCCUGGAAAACCACAGCAGAAUCCCGGUGGUGGAGGAAAUAAGUCAGAGGCUAGUGAUAAUAGUUGCACAAACAAGAAGAAUGAUGAAACGUCGAAUAUGGAUUAUUCUUCAGGGAAGAACUCGAGGUCCGUCACUCCUAGCCCUAGCCCGAGCCCACGUCACAGUCGAACGCCGAGGCCUCAAGUUCUGCCCCUGCCUUUGCCGCCCCCGAAACACGUUCAACUGACGGAUCCCAGAUGCGGUCCCGAGACUUUGCAUCCAGGAAACACUUUGGCCCCUAACAAGCUCAGACCGAGCAGCAGACAAACGAGCAGCAGCAGCAAUAACAGGGAAUCGUCACUAGAUGACUCUGGUGUCGUUGAUGACCACGAAACGGAAGGUUAUGCCACAUCAGAAGACGCGACGUCUCAUACCCCAGCGCAGAAAAGGAAAAUACAACAAACUCCUGUGGCCGUCACACUCAGUCCGAAGGAAAUAAAAGUCAUCAAAUGUAACGGAGUUGGAAGUUGUAGGAAGAAAAAACAUAACAUGUACACACUUCCACCUGAUUAUCUUUCACAUAUUGUUGUAAUUGAUGAUCAGAUGCCUGAUAGAAAUUGUAAGAGUUGUGAGAGGUGUUGUAUGGACUACAGGGGUUGGUUGCAGUUUCAACAAGUGUUAUAUCGUAUCGUAAAAGAUCCGUUAUUCGAAUUAGUGAUUACCGUGUGCAUUAUUUUAAAUACCAUGUUUUUGGCCUUAGAACAUCACGGAAUGAGUGAAUCAGUGUAUAGAGCCUUAGACGUAGGAAAUAAGGUUUUCACUUCGAUUUUUACGUUCGAAUGCACCUUGAAGCUCAUGGCGUUAAGUAAGGAGUUUUUUCAUUGCGGGUGGAACAUUUUCGACCUAAUCAUCGUUUCUGCCAGUCUGCUGGAUCUGAUUUUCGAACUAGUAGAUGGUCUUUCAGUUCUUAGGGGACUUCGAUUGUUGAGAGUGUUGAAGCUUGCACAAUCGUGGAUAACCAUGAAGGUUCUACUCAGUAUAAUCAUCAGUACCAUUGGCGCUCUCGGAAACCUGACUUUGGUACUCCUGAUCAUCAUUUAUAUUUUCGCUGUUAUCGGAAUGCAACUCUUUUCGAGGGACUAUUUGGCUGAAAAAUUUCAUCCUGAUCCUGUACCCAGGUGGAACUUCACUGACUUUUUUCAUUCGUUCAUGAUGAUUUUCCGGAUAUUAUGCGGCGAAUGGAUCGAGCCACUUUGGGACUGUAUGAGAGCUGAAGCUGGAGAGAGUCCAGGUUUGUGCCUAGCCAUCUUCCUGCCUACACUCGUGAUGGGAAACUUCAUGGUCCUGAACUUGUUCUUGGCUUUGUUACUCAAUAGUUUCAACUCCGAAGAAUUGAAGAACAGGAAAGAGGUAUUGAAUGAAGUUGGCGAUGAGUCGAAACUGGCGCAGAGUUUCGAAAGAAUAAGGGACCUUGUGAGGAAACGAAGGGAACAGCGAAUGCAGGAAGAGAAGCAGAACGAGAACAAUUCGCGUUUGGAAAAAAUCGUCAGGGAGGUUAUGCAGAAAAAAGCUGAGGAGGACGCUGCUUUAAAAGCCGGCGUCACCGGAAAACCCGUCGAACAAUCUGUGGUUAAUUUUCCGAGAGAUAAGAGAAGCUACCAGGAAGCGAUGAACAGACCGAUUUCCAUCAUUAGCUACGAGCCUCCGGACUACCAGGAAACGAUAGCAGAAGUGCAGGAAUCCAGACGACCGAACCAGUAUUCCACCCUGAUCAAUGGAGUGUCGGAAGAGAGUGAUAUACUCGAAAAUUUGCCUGAAUCGAAAAGGCAAAAUCUGAUAGCCAUGAAAAAUUCCACAGGAACAGAUGAAAAUUCCGAAAAUGUGGAACUGAAGGACAUCGGCAGGGGCGCAUCGGCAGACACCGAACACGACGAAGAAUCAGCUCUCUGUCCAGAAUCGAAGGGUAAAUAUGACAGAAAAGAAAGAAGUGAAAGUAGACCAUGGCAAACUUUGGUAUCGUAUGUAGAUGAACUGACAGUAGGAGGGAGAAGAAACUCCAAAGGGCAGUACAUGGAUGGGAUGGGUAGUUUUCCGGGGUUUGGAAGGAAUAAGCCUCCGAAAGUACCUCCGGAUUGCUUUCCGAUUCAUAUCUACCAAAAGUGCAAUGGAUUCGAGAAAUGUCUGAACACUAGGAUCGGACAGAAAUGGACGAAGAUGAGAACAGGAGUUUUGUCGGUUGUGGACACUCCAAGCUUCGAAUGGUUUGUUUUGGUCUUAAUUUUUGCAUCUAGUGUUACACUGUGCUUCGAGGAUAUCCACUUGGACGAGAACCCCGACUUGAAGAGAGUAUUAUAUUGGACCAACUUCACGUUUUCUAUAAUUUUCAUCAUCGAAAUGUUUCUGAAAUGGAUCGCUCAUGGUUUUCACAAAUACUUCACUAGUUUCUGGACACUGUUGGAUUUUUUAAUUGUAUUUGUAUCACUAUUCAGUCUUCUAAUUGAGGAAAACGAAAACUUACGGGUAUUACGUUCUUUGAGAACAUUACGAGCCUUAAGGCCACUUAGGGCAAUAAGUAGAUGGCAAGGCAUGAGAAUCGUAGUAAAUGCCUUGAUGUACGCCAUUCCAAGUAUCUUCAAUGUGUUAUUAGUGUGUCUGGUGUUCUGGCUCAUUUUUUCAAUUAUGGGAGUGCAAUUCUUCAGUGGUAAAUUUUAUAAAUGUGUGGAUGAAGAAGGAGAACUCCUUCCUAUUACGAUCGUAGAGAACAAAUGGGAUUGCAACAGGUUGAACUAUACUUGGGAAAACUCCAAAAUUUCAUUCGAUCAUGUUGGAAUAGCAUAUUUAGCCUUAUUUCAAGUGGCCACUUUCGAAGGCUGGAUGGAAGUCAUGGCUGAUGCUGUGGAUUCGAGAGGGGUGAAUUUACAGCCCCAGAGAGAGGCAAAUUUAUAUGCCUACAUUUAUUUUGUGAUUUUUAUCGUAUGCGGAUCAUUCUUCACAUUGAACCUAUUUAUAGGAGUUAUUAUAGAUAAUUUCAAUAUGCUCAAGAAAAAGUACGAAGGUGGAGUGUUGGAGAUGUUCCUCACUGAUAGCCAGAAACAAUAUUACACUGCAAUGAAGAAAUUAGGUAGAAAGAAACCCCAAAAGGUCAUUAAAAGACCAAGGAACCAAUUUUUAGCAAUGUUUUACGACCUUUCCAAUUCGAGGAGAUUCGAAAUAGCAAUAUUCGUUCUGAUUUUUCUGAAUAUGUUGAGUAUGGGGAUCGAACAUUAUAACCAACCCCAUACAGUGUUCUUUAUCCUCGAAGUUGGAAAUGCUUUUUUUACAACAGUAUUCGGCUUAGAGGCAAUAGUGAAGAUAAUAGGUUUAAGAUACCACUAUUUUACCGUUCCAUGGAAUGUGUUUGAUUUCUUAUUAGUAUUGGCUUCCAUUCUUGGUAUACUAAUGGAGGAUAUCAUGAUAGAUUUUCCAGUUUCUCCUACGUUGUUGAGAGUAGUUAGGGUUUUUAGGAUAGGACGAAUUUUAAGGCUCAUCAAGGCUGCUAAAGGUAUACGGAAAUUACUAUUUGCGCUGGUAGUUUCUUUGCCUGCCCUCUUCAAUAUAGGGGCACUGUUAGCUCUAAUAACUUUUAUAUACGCCAUCAUCGGCAUGUUCCUCUUCGGCCACGUUCGACAGCAAGGCGCUCUGGACGACAUGGUCAACUUUCAAACGUUCGGAAGAUCGAUGCACCUACUCUUCAGACUGAUAACUUCAGCCGGUUGGAACGAUGUCCUGGAGAGCUUGAUGGUCGAGUAUCCCGACUGCGAUCCUAAUUACAGGGGCCAGAGUAACGGAGAUUGCGGAUAUCCGUUGUUGGCUAUAAUAUACUUCACAAGUUUCAUCAUCAUAAAUUAUAUGAUUGUUAUCAAUAUGUACAUAGCUAUAAUACUCGAGAACUUCAACCAAGCUCAUCAAGAAGAGGAGAUUGGAAUUGUUGAAGAUGACCUGGAGAUGUUUUACAUCAGAUGGAGCAAAUAUGAUCCUCACGCAACACAGUUCAUAAGGUUCUCACAAUUAUCAGACUUCAUAGCUUCCCUUGAUCCUCCUCUAGGUAUUCCAAAACCGAACACCGUGGCUUUGGUCAGUUUUAACCUACCGAUAGCAAAGGGAAAUGAAAUUCACUGCCUCGAUAUUCUUCAUGCUUUGGUAAAGCACGUUCUGGGGCACGUAGAAGAGACUGAUACCUUCAGACAGCUUCAGGAGCAGAUGGAUAUCAAAUUUAAGAAGCAGUUCCCUACAAGAAAGGAACUUGAGAUAGUCUCUUCCACAAGAAUUUGGAAAAGACAAGAUAAAGCUGCCAGAUUGAUACAGCGGACUUACAAGGACUAUCAGCGACGCAAGAAAGACCGUGAGCGAGAGCAGGAAGAAGCCGAUACCAGGAACUCAUCGCCAGGAGGGUGGCAAGGAAGACUGUCAGCCUUUUUGCAUGUUCAUCGAGGGAGUCGCGCUUCUUCUCGCAAGUCCUCCAGGGCAUCGGACGCGAGUGAUCUCAGCGAGUUGGGCGGCCCAUGGUUGAACCUCCCGCUGUUGUUGCUCUCCAGUGCGACCAACAUGGAUCCGGAGGAGCUGGAUUUGAAGCGCGACACCAACGAUGCAAUCAGCAUCAAGGUCAACGAAGCCACGCCUGAUAAAGAAAGGAGGAUCGGUGAUGCGUUAACACCAACUCAGCAGCCUCGACGAAGAAGUAUAUACAAUUUCUUCCUUAGACAUCAAGACGCUGUAGAAAACGAGGACGUAUCACAAUCGCCUCCUGCUCCAAAACGAAACGUCUCAACUAGUCAAACCCUCCAUCCAGCCGCAGCGGAGGAUACCAAGCCGAAACGUAGUGGAAGCAUAAUUCGACGAAAAAGAGGCGGUUCCUGCAAAACACGUCCCACAUCGAUGCUUUCUCAAGCGCACCGGGCAGGAAGCGAGCCACAGAACUCUACAGAUGUGAGCAUCCUAGUCACCGAAGCUUCUCCAGAUUCAAUAGCUACAAAGCCGACACUCCAAAAGCAGCAGAGUGAAGCAACCAUUGUUCAGGUAUUGGUUCAUCGUGAGAGUGAGGAGUAUCAUGAACCAGAGCAGGAAACACCUACUCCUGAACUCAAAGUUGAACAGGUUGACCAAGAGAAAUGUGAUGAUAUGUUGAGUGACAUCAUCGUUGACACCACUCUCAGUUCGAAUAGUACGGUCAGGGAUAGCUGAUCUGAACUUUAUGUUAGAAGGUUAACGCAAUAAUUUUUUACGGUUAGAAUAGUUCAACAAAUAAAAUCUCGACUUUGUUAGAACGUGUAUAGAUUUUAUAGUAGUGAUAUUUUUAAUAUCUGCCAGGAGAAAGGGAAAAUAUUUAUAUGAAAUUAUAAACAAAACAAAUAAAAUAACUCUUGUGUGAUCUGUUUGGGUGUAUGAUGAGAUGAAAUUUUUUUUAGUUAACUCCAAGCUUAACAAAUAUUGCAUUCAUUUGUUUACGCCCCACUCCCAUUCAAAAUUGUCUAAAACUGUUUACUUACACUAAAAUAUAACCCUUAUAACCAAAACAAUUCCCCAAAUUUCAACUAACUAGUCAAAUGAAAUUUCAUUUCAUCAGUUUUGGGAACCUUGUUCGAGCGCUUGUACUAUAUAAGAGCAAUUCUAUUCAGCUUACAGCCUGUUACAUCCUUUAUUUUAUUUCAUUGAGUCGGCCUUAACUCAAUGAAAAUCUAUUCAAUUUAAUAUUAAAUGGGGCUUAUUCUCAAAUUCCAAGGUUUAUUGAAUAUUUAACAAUUUUUUUUCUAUCCAGUUAAUCUGACCGAGCGAAUGCGUAGCAAAACAAUUGCUUUAUAUUCAAUAAACAGAAGAAAUUAAGAAUAAACUUUAUUCAAUAUUAACCUCAAUAUAUUUUUAUUAUAUUUAGACAUAAUGUUCAAGCUUUAUUAUUAACCUCUGACAAAGCUUUAUUAUUAACCUCUGACAAAGAUAGCUAAAUUCUAUUUUCUACUUGUUUGCAACUAAAAAAAAACUCAAUAAAAAACAAGCAGAAAUGAAUAACUUACUUUCUGGCGUUUGUAUCAACAGAAAACCUUUCACACUGUAUACCUUACACAUCAGUUCUUAGUGACUGUAUCCUAUUCACCAAGCAAUUCUUAAUUAAAUCAAUUCUAUUCAAUCUGAUUGCAUGAACAUGAACAGAAAAAAUUAUGCUUAGUCCACUAACAAAUUGAAUUUUAAUCUACUCCCAAGUAGAAGAAUUUCAAUUUACUAUUCAGGAAUCAAUUCUAUUGCUCACUACUACUUAUAUUUUCCAUUUCUUUCGGUAAUGAUAUGUCAUGAUUGAAAUGCUGUAAUAUUUCUGCUUCACUAAUUAAAAUAGAAUAAUAUAUUAUUGAUGAUUUUUGUUUCUGUUUGAAUUUUUAAGAAAUGGUAAAGUGAAUUAAUUCUAAUUGAAAUGCGAAACGCAUAAUUGUACAAAAACUUUAGAUGAAUAAUGUACAGUACCUACAUAAUCUGAGUCGUAUAAAAUUAAGUUUCAUGCUAUGAAUACAAAUUACAAGUGAAUAAUAUUAAGUCAAUUAAUUAUACAUAUAUAGUUCAUUAAGUUACUGAAAGUAUAUGCACAAUCAGUAAUUAGUUUUAAUAUCAGUACAUUGUGAAAGAAAUGACCCAAACAUUGUAUCAAAUUUUAUACCUAUUCUGAAAAAUUUUCUGCAUUCAGAUCAAGUUAGACAAUUAUUGAGAUAGCAGCAAAAAUGGAUUCAAUUUAAGAUCAUUCCAGGAUAUUUUGAAAUAUUCCUUUAAAUUUUUCUCUCAAACUAACAGAGGAUUUGAUGAUAAUAUUAAUUCUGCUGAGGAAGCUGAUAACACAUCUUAAAAAUAUUAAUAAUUCAAAAAUAAUUCCUACAUUUCCACAUUAAAAUUCGAUACUUUAAUAAGUAAUUACAUUUAAGAAAUUCGAAUAUACAAACAUCUAAUAGAUUUUAAAUUUUCUGCUUUAGCUAUUUUUCCAUUCUUGAAACUUGUUAAGAAUUAUCAGAAAAUACUAAAGGCCUAAAGUUAGGUUAAUGCAAAUAAUUUGUAGAAUAAAUUGCACAAACGGAAGCUUACGGUUGUGAAUCAAUAAAUUGAAUAAAGAUUUGCCACAUAUCUUACAUAGAAAAAUUAGAAUUUUACAUUUAUUGGAGACAAUCAAGAAAUCCUCUUCUUCAACUUCCAACAUCAGAAUUUUUGCACUAUUACCUCUGGGUUCUUACAGAUUUUAAUAAAAAUAACUGAUGACAUUAGACUAAUUAAAUGCAUGCUACUCACAACUCUCAUGGGGCCAGAGAUCAAAUCUAUUAAUAUAUCAUUGUAAAUACUCAUUCUCAUUUGUAGUAUAUAAAAUGUAGCUGAAGUAAGAACAGACUACAAUUAUUCUUAAUCAUAGCAGGAAUAGCUUUAAUAAAAAAUAAAUAAAAUUUUAAUUCAACCUAAUUAGAACAGUUCUUUCCAUCAUUAUUCUUUAUACUUCUAAUUCACAGCACUGCGAAAAGCACUUAGAUUAGACGAAACAAAAUAAGAGGCAAAUGGGAAAAAAUUAAUAAGAAUAAAAUUUAUAUAUUCAAGGUAUAAUAGGUAAAAAAAGAGUCUUUGUAGUCUGUUAGCUCACUUUAGCUUUCUUUCACCUGUGUGAAUUCAAGCUUGAGAAAAUAAUUUAAGAAGUUUUCUUCCUUGAUAACCUUAUGUUGAAUUGUGAUAUAUUUAAGAAUAAUAAGGUCACGAAUAAAGUAUUCAAUAUCCUAUUAUGCUUUGUUUGUAUGUUGUUAUCAUAUUAUCUGUUGCAAUUUAUGAAUGAUGUUUAAAAGAGUUUAAUGCCAAAAUAUUAAUAAAAUUUGUAAAUAGCAAUUGGCCAAAUUAUUAUGCAUCUAUAGUAUGAGGAACAGAAAUUACACUCUUGAUCUUGAUCUUAUUUAAAUUUUUGAACUAGUUGAAUUUAUCGAAAAAGGGACUAUAUUAAAUUCUAAAUUAGUUGUUCAGAUUAUAAAAGAAAAAUGUAAGCAACUACUUCAUAUCAUUAUACUAUACUGAUGAUAUCAGUAUCUAUCAAUAUUCAUUUCAAGUUUGAAUAUAAUCACAUGUCUGUCCUUUUUGCUAGAUUUCUAAGAAAUACUUGAAAAACACCUUUAUAUAUUUCAUUAGGUUAGGUCAACUUUUGUUAGUAUGUUCUGAUACGUUAUUCAUUGUUUACCUCACAGUAUAUACUGAAAUCUUCCUAUUACAAAAUUAGAUAUUCUAAAAUCGAAAUCUUUCUUCAAAAAUCAAUUAGAAUUGAACAGUUAACGUUUAUAUUUUUAUCAAAAGUAGUAGCUUUACAGUAAAGAAAUUAUAUGUUCAAAAAUAGUUAAUGACGUAUACUGUGGAGUAAUUAUUUCACAACAGCUCAAGCAGAAUAACAAUGUUUAUAAUAAUGAUUUUUCAUUGCUGAUCCUCAUACAAAUGAUAAUAUUGUGUUAGCCAUUUUGGAAGUUGCUGGUGAUAAAUUAAACAUAGAUUGCCUUUAUCAAGAUAUUUUUGAAUAUCGUUGUUAAUUUUGAACGAUAUAAAGGAAUCACUUAUAUGUAGAAUUGUGUACAAAUCUAUUACCCGAAGUUAUAGCUUUUGAAUUUAAAAUAAAACAUUAAUCGAU